ACCGGAAAUUUCGUUUCUAGUCUGGAUGUCGUCAUAUGCGAGAUGGUUCUGUGGACCGAGUGGAUAUUAUGAAACAAAAUAAAUACAAAAUCUAAUGUUUCGCGUAAGAAAUUAUAAUUAUCUUUUGCACGUCGAUGGACCCAAUCGCCAACUGAACAUCAUUCGCUGUAAAUCGAAUUCGCGGAUUUAUAUUUUUUUAAUAUAAUUGAUCGGUGAUUGUCUCACUCCCUCUAAUUAACAAACGCCUUGUGGCUAUGACUACGGAUUUACUAUCUGAUUUGGAUAGUCGUUUCUUCGCUGAUAACCUUCUGACAAGCGAGGAUUGGGAUGCCUGUCUGUACCAGUGUGAGAGCAUGGAGGAGGGAGAGGACGGAGAGUACACGAGAGGACCGAAAUAUGAAACAUCGUUUGACAACGAUCUCGUGCUGACCCUUGAUCCUGACAAUCCCACGUCGCCAUGGAGACACCUGGACGACAACCUUCUCACAGGGGACGUUCCCGUAUUGAAAGAUGAAAUGACGAUAACGCAGCCUUUGCCAGUGGACAUGUUGUUCCGGGUGAAGGCGGAGCCUCCCUCCCCUGCCUCCUCGCUGGCCUCCGACUGCUCCCUGACGUCACUCCCAGACUCACAGAUCACAGUGAAAGGAGAGAACCCGCCCACGCCUCCUUAUAUGUUUGGAGAUGUGCUGGCACCACCACUUGGCACAUGUGAAGUCACGGUGGCCUCUGCACAACUGGCCCGACCACAGUCCAAACUGCCGCCUCAGCAACACCAAACAGCAACCCACAAUGGCAUGGACACACAGGCACAGGCCGCAGUCCACCCCACUGCGGCCACGAUCAAAGCCAGUACCAUCCUGAGCAGUAAGCCUCUCAUCCAGCCCAGGCCUGUGUGUGUAGCGGCUCUCCCCGUCUCCCAGGCUCCCAGUCCGGCCAAGGCCCUCAUACUGCACAGCCUGCCUAGCAGGGACCAGAGCAGGCCUGUGGUGCUUUCCCAGUCAGUCUGUCUGGGGUCCGCGCCAGCCAUCGUCAAAAUGGAGCCCGUCUCCCCCACCAUGCCUCACUGCCAUAGCCCCACGGCCCCAUUCCCCAGCAAACCCAUAGUCCCGGCGUCCUCUCUGCCAGGGAGCAACUGCAACGGCAUGGAUGUGAGUGUCUGUCAGUCGCAUGUCAGUCAGUCAGUGAGUAUUUCUCUUUCACGCUCUUCUUCAACCGCUGCCUUACCCCGGGCUUCACUGUCAGAUCACACGCCCAGUUCUGCCGUGAUUAACUGUCAUGCGCUCUCCCCUCCGACCGGGUCUCAGAUGAAGGUGAUGAAGAGGCAGCAGCGGAUGAUCAAGAACCGGGAGUCGGCGUGCCAGUCACGCAAGAAGAAGAAGGAGUACCUGCAGAACCUGGAGGGCCAGCUGAGGGAGGCGCAGCAGGAGAACGAGCGCCUCCGCAAGGAGAACCAGGCCCUGAGGGAGAGGCUUGCCGGGAAAGAGGGCAGUGAAUCUGGUAACAACAAGAGGGCCGUCUGCGUCAUGGCAGUGCUACUGUUCAUGACCUUCAGUUUCGGCCCUGUCAGUAUCACAGACAGGAAGCUGGAGACGGGGUUACAGGAAGAGGUGGUCCCUCACACAGGAAGAAAUCUCCUGGAGUUUGAGACGGCUCGGGAACAUAGCAGAGUGGAGGAAAGGCUAGAUCCUGAGGAGGAGGGAGGAGAGGAUGGGUGGAAGGGAGGAGAGGUCGAGAGGGAAUCCACCGACUCAUACCAGUUUAGGAACCUGAGUGACGUGUUCAGCGACGUGAAGGACCUGGUCCUGCAGGACAUCGACCGCUAUUUCACCUCCAAUGACUGCAGGCAGUUCAACCGCUCCGAGUCCCUCAGGCUGGCGGAUGAGCUGAGAGGAUGGGUCCACAGGCACCAGAUCGACAGGAAGAAGUCUGGAGGGAAGCCAAAGAUUGUGAAAAAAGCUAAAAUAGCGCAGAAAGCGCAGCUUAGGAAGACAAACAUCUCCAGAUAUCUUCCCAUUCAGACCCAUCGUUCCAUUGACAGUCAGAUACAAGUGUUCCCUGCUGGUCCAGAGAUCAGCUACAGUGACUUCAUGGACGCCAUCGACCGGCGUGAGGACACCUUCUACGUGGUCUCCUUCAGACGGGAUCACCUGCUGUUGCCAGCUAUCAGCCACAACAAGACCACACGGCCCAAAAUGUCUCUGGUGAUGCCAGCUAUGUCUGUCAACGAGAGUUUAUAUAAUAAAUCCCAGGGCUAUGAGAUGAUGAUGCAGGUGGAUUGUGAGGUCAUGGACACCCGGAUCAUCCCCAUCAAAGCCUCCGCUGUUCCCCCGUCCCUCCGCGACCCCCCUCCCGCUCCCCCCGCCCACCAUCACCACAGCAACCACACCUCCCUCCGAGGCCGCCACCAUCCCCACACCGGCGGAGCGGCGUCUCCACGGCAACCCUUACCUGCCAGAAGACAGGAGGCCGAGUAUUACAUCAGCCAGGGGGGCGGGGUUUGAGGUUAGUGAAGGUGAACAAAUGAGAGGGGGAUUGGAGGAGAAAGGAGAGGGUAGUGUAAAACGGGAAGGAGGGUAGUGGGAAACGGGAAGGAGGGUAGUGGGAAACGGGAAGGAGGGUAGUGGGAAACGGGAAGGAGGGUAGUGGGAAACGGGAAGGAGGGUAGUGGGAAACGGGAAGGAGGAUAGUGGGAAACGGGAAGGAGAGGGUAAUGGGAGAUUGAAUAAGGGAGAGUAGGAGGGUUGUAGGAGGCAAAUCUGUCGGAAUUAUGGAGGACAUCUGUACUAAUUGAAACAAAUGAUUAACAAUGAAGUUACGGUGCCACAAUGUUGAAACGUUGUCCCAGCAACUCAAAGCAAAUGUGUUUAUUCUACUGAAGACUCAAUAUAUUAAUAGACCAAUGAGUAAUACCCACUUCACAAACCUGAUCUGUUCACUAUAGAAAAAGUAAAUAAAAGGUUCACCAAUGGCUCCUAACUAAAUAAUUUCUUAAUAUAUACUUUUUGAAAACCUGCCCAAACAUAGACCUAGCAGUUCACUGCACUUAGACACCGCACAGAAUUAAUCACUGAAAUAUAUGCAGCUAAUGGUAGUGGACUGCUCAUGGUUUCAUUUGAGAACCAUUUUUUGUGGAGGUUCCGUUUUGUAUAUUUUGUGUUUUAUCGCUCUCCAUUGAAAUUCCAUUCAAAGGGCUCCUGCAGAAAAUUCAGGUCAGAUGCUAGUCAGCUUCGAUUUGUUUUUUUGUUUGUUUCUUUUAUUAUGUCAAAUGUGUUUGGAUUUGAAUGAGGAUUAUUUAACUUGUGCUUAUUGGUUGUAAAUAUCAAUGGUAGCUUUUGAGAUAUAGUUUUUUUU